AACUCACCUCUCACUCGGAGCCCCAGAGGCUCGAGUAAAGUCCGUGUGGUUUCCUCUCACGGACUACGGAAGACAACCGGACACGAUCGAGACCGAUUGACAAGCCUAUCGUGCCCGUGGAACACAUUUUCACGACACCGCCGUUGCUUGCUUCUCUUAAGAAGAAAACAUUACUUUAACUCGCUCUGCACAUGCAUCACUCUGACCAAAUAAUAUUAGAAACCCGGGCGGUAUGCAAAGAAAAAUCAAAUAAACAACGGGUUCGGUUUGCGUGAAAUGUGUCCAUUUCUUCCUGUUUAGCGUUUAGUCUCCCACUGAGGUGGAGUUUCUCUUCAAGAGGCGAGGAAUGCUAUCUGAGCAUCAAUGUUUCACUGGGGAAAGUGGAAGAAGAGGAUGGGAGCCAAUAGUUCUUCAAAGAGACCCGUUUUUGACGAAAAGGAAGAUGUGAAUUUUGACCACUUUCAGAUAUUGCGGGCAAUCGGGAAGGGCAGCUUUGGAAAGGUAUGCAUCGUGCAAAAGAGGGACACAGAGAAGAUGUACGCCAUGAAGUACAUGAACAAACAACAAUGUAUCGAAAGAGAUGAGGUCCGAAACGUCUUUAGAGAGCUUGAGAUUCUACAGGAAAUUGAACAUAUUUUUUUAGUAAAUCUCUGGUACUCAUUCCAGGAUGAGGAGGACAUGUUUAUGGUGGUGGAUCUCCUGCUCGGAGGAGACCUUCGUUACCAUUUGCAGCAGAGUGUCCCGUUCAGCGAAGAUGCCGUUAAACUUUACCUCUGCGAGAUGACACUUGCGCUCGACUACCUGCAAAGCCAGCACAUCAUCCACAGAGACGUCAAACCAGACAACAUUCUUUUGGAUGAGCAAGGCCAUGCUCAUCUGACAGACUUCAACAUAGCGACAAUAAUAAAGGAUGGAGAGCGAGCAACGGCCUUAGCUGGAACCAAGCCGUACAUGGCUCCCGAGAUCUUUCAGUCUUUCAUGAAUGGAGGGAUGGGCUAUGCCGUUGAAGUAGACUGGUGGUCAUUAGGUGUGACCAUUUUCGAAGUUCUACGGGGAUGGAGGCCCUAUGACAUUCAUGCCAGUAACUCACUGGAGUCUUUAAUCCAGCUCUUCAGCACAGUCAGUGUCCAGUACAGCCCGGCCUGGCCCAAAAACCUGGUUUCUCUCUUGAGGAAGCUACUUACAGUGAACCCUGAGCAUCGUUUCUCCAGCCUGUCUGACAUGCAGACCUCUCCCUACCUCGCUGACAUCAACUGGGACGCCAUUUACGAAAAGAAAACAGACGCUGGAUUUGUUCCAAAUAAAGGUCGUCUCCACUGCGAUCCCACUUUUGAGCUGGAGGAGAUGAUUUUGGAAUCUCGUCCCCUUCAUAAGAAGAAGAAAAGACUGGCAAAGAACCGGUCUCGGGACAACAGCAAAGAUUCACAAUCUGAGAAUGACUAUCUACAGGAGUGCCUUGAAGCAGUGCAGCAGGAGUUCAUGAUUUUCAACCGAGAGAAAUUGAAAAAGCGUCAAGAAGAGGCGCAGAGCGAGGCCGGGGGAGACGACGCCAGCGGAGACGCCGAGGCCGGCGGCACGGACGACGACGCGGCCAAUCCCGACCCGGAACCCGAGCCCGAAUCCUCUUCCAAACUGAGCAUGUGCGGCUCGGUGUGCUCGUCCCCUGGCAGCUGCUAGUGCCACAUCAGCUCUCUGCGCACGAUCCAGGAUGAAGGUCUCUCUCUCAGUGCCAUGCCCAUAGAUAUAUUCUCUCCUUUGCGGUUGCCAGGAGGGGAGGAGGAAGCACACAGCGGGACUGACUCACUGUUGGACCCAAUUAGUUUCAUUUGGUUGCUCGCUUCCCCGGCCGGUGAGGCAAGAACCAAGCAGAUUGUCCACCUCCUUGUCCGCCCUUCACUAUGCUCCAACUUCUAUGCAACGUUGCGCUUCAUUCACAGCAUUGCAAAGAGUAUCACACGCUAGCGAUGAUGACAUCCUGCCUGAGCAAUUGCUCUUGGUGAUAUUUUGGUGGCUUUGCUGGUUUUAGUCCAGAUGCAUUUUCCUGCCUCCUUUUCAAAAUGAGCCUAGGAUGUCUGAAUUAUUCAACACACACACACAGGCGCUUUUACAGUUUUAGCUUGUCUCUGCUUCACUCCUCCCCUCAGCCUCUCUCUCUUAUGUCAUGAAUGCCCUAAUUCAGAGCAAUUGUAUUUUUUAUGUCCUGCCUGGUGUACUUGUAUUGCCACACCUUCCUCAAAUCAUUGGCGUUUAUGCAACAGUGUCAAACGAAACCGAAUUUACAUUGUUGACAUUGAAAGCGCGGCUCCAAAAGAUGCCGUCAUUCAGACCUUGUAUAUUUAAGACGUAAGGUAGAGUUAAGAUUUGGAACAUGAACUAGCUGUCAGUGCUUCCAAUUAUUUUCACAAUCAACUCCAGUAUUGCCAUCGUGAUAGUUGUUCGGUUGAAACGCGCGGGAAAACGUAGCAACGAUCCACUUUAAAGCCCGUUCCAAACUGAAAACCAUGUAAAUAGCGUAAAUUGUAGGUACAAAAAAAAAAGAAAUCACCACAGUUUUAUGUGGCGCUGCAAAGUCAACAUAUUUCAAGUCAACUAAAGAAGGAAGCUUGUGGAGUCAAUCCUUCGCAUUGCUUCGUUCUGCUCUUGGCUCCAAGUGUGCAGGCACAUCUUGUAGGCAACAUAGGCCAAAGCUUUUCUACCAUUUGCAUAACCAUUUCUAAGCAAGUGUGUAUGUGAAUGAACGUGUUUUUCUUCUUUGUGU